GAAAGUUCUUCUCUAAUGGUCUCUUAAGGACACCUUAUAUUGAGACAAUGUCGAACAACACCAGAGAGACGGGUGUCUGCCAGUCUGAUCAUUUGAACAGAUCUCAUCAUGAUGCCAGUCUAAUUAAUCCCGGCCCUCCAGCACAGUACCGUCUGGACACAGAAAGAAAAAACUUUGAUGGGUCUGAUGGAAAGGUCAGACUGUGGACAUAUGGACGAAAAGACAGAAGAAAGCAAAACAAAGUCAUACUGAUGGUGGGAGAAACCGGUACUGGAAAGACCACCAUCAUCAACACCAUGAUCAACUAUUUACUGGGGGUGAAGUUUAAGGAUGAAAAGUUUUAUGAGAUCACAGAAGAACAAGAACAAAAAGAUCAAACUAAAUCCCAAACAUCUGCAAUCACUGUCUAUGAGGUGUUUGAUGAUGAGAACCCAAUAUCUCUCACCAUUAUUGAUACUCCAGGAUAUGCAGCCACUGAAGGAUUUGAGAAAGAUGGAGAGGUUGCUGAAUAUCUGACCAAAUUAUUUUCAAGUGAGUUUGGGAUAAAGUUUAUUGACGCAGUUUGUUUUGUGAUGAAGGCGUCUCAGAAUCGUCUCUCUGGAAAAGAGUUUUACAUCUUCCACUCAGUUCUGUCUCUGUUUGGACAAGAUAUAGAGAACAACAUUGUGUUCUUACUCACACAUUCAGAUGGAGGACCACCAACAAAUGCAAUAAAUGCCAUUAACACAGCUGAAAUCCCCUGCAGAAGAGAUGAAGACAAUCAGCCUGUUCAUUUCUUAUUCAACGGCCGUCAGAAAGAGAAAAGAGACAACAAGUAUAAUCAUGUUUUUAAAUCAGCUUGGGAACUGGGAGAGGAAAGCAUGGGUCAGUUAUUUUCACUACUGGAUGAAAACAACAGAAAAAGUCUCAAGAUGACUUUAGAUGUUCUGAUAGAGCGGAAACGACUCGAGGCCUGUGUCUCCAACCUGAACGAGCGAAUUAAAGAGAAGGAGAUAAAAACGGAAGAACUGAGAGAGAUUCAGAAAGUCCUCGAACAGAACAGGGAAAAAAUAAAGAAUUGUGAAAACUUUGAGUUUACAGUCAACAGAGUUUACAAAGAAAAAGUCCCCAUUGAGAAUGAAUGGUGGUGGAACAGUAAAGCGACCUGCUGCACUGACUGUGAGGAGAACUGUCAUCUGUACGGCUGCUCGUGGGUCCCUCCCAAUAAUCUGUCAUGGUGUCAUGUCAUGAAAAACAACAAAUGUACUGUGUGUACAGGGAAGUGUCAUUACACCAAACAUGUCAAAGAGAACAAAAAAUAUGUGAUAAAGACAGAGAAAGUCACUCUGACAUUUAAUGAUUUUAAAAAGGAGUAUGAAAGCGCUGGUGACAAGCCUGAGACCAAAUCUGACAAAGAAGAAUAUGAAAAGAUUAAAAAUGAACAUGAAAACAACAUGAAACUGGAGGAGGAGAAAACAGACAUAGAGAAGAAAAUUAUCAGACGACUGGCAGAAAUUGAACAAGAAAAGUCCAAACUGGUGGAUGAAGCUUACAGCACCAUCAUGAAUCUGUGUAAGAUUGCACUGAAAGCAGACAGCGCGUUCACUCUUCAGUAUCUGGAUUUCUUGAUUCCCAGACUGAAGGAGGACGGAAAAGAGGAAUGUGUGAAGAAUCUGGAGGAUCUGAGGAAAGCUGCAGACGAGGAGAAAAAUAAGGGAGCUUUACGUCAACUGAGAGAAUAUAGUGGACGAAAAUUUAACCAAUUUGUCAAUUUCGUCUCUCGUAAAAAGGAAUAAAAUGAAACUAAUAUUUUACACACAAGAUGAAAAAUCAGAACGGAUGUUUCAUGAGACUGUUAAUAAUUCUUUCACAGGUGUAUCUGAAACUUUAUACCGAUCAGUUAUUUGGAUUUUACUCUAAACACUCAAUUAAGCAUUAAUUUAGUUAUAGUCUACCUGUGAAACGAUUAGGAAUAUAAUAUAAUAUAAUAAAAUAGAGAAUUGUUGGUUGCAAAUGGAUAAAAAUAAGUGCAGAACAUUGUUAUGGAGCAUGUGUGACAUGGACGGGUUAAGCCACUUUGUAAACUAACUUUUGCAUUAGACAUCCGGUAAUUUGAACGUGAUGAUAUUCGAAUUUAUGCAAACAACAUAGUGCGACAUCAUAUGAAAUAGCCAACUCAUAAAUUAUGUAUUAAUUUUCAUGAGAUUGGGUUGGUCAAGAUCACGAUCAAAGAACAUUUCAAAUCAGUAAUCAAAUGUCAUAAAUUAUUUACCUCAUAUUACGCUGAAACACACAAUUUUCCAGGCUUGUGUAGCUAAUGCGCAUGCGUGUUAGCAGGUUGAUUGACAGGUCAUAUCUAUAUCUAAAAGGUGAUUGGCUCUUUUAACUGUAAGGCGGGACUUCCUUUCUACAUCCGUUGACCGUUGGGCGCUCAGAGCUCCUUGGUUGAGUGUUCAAAUUUCUCCCAUUUAUUUUAAUAGAAGUGUCCCGUCUCUGCUAAAUAAUCUCUGGAAACAUUAAUUAGGCUCAAAUACAAUUAUUUUUAAUGACUGUUCAUUUUACUUUAGAAAUACUUUGAUGUGACAUCACACUUUAAAAACGAAUACAAUGUUCAUACGUACUGAUAGAUUGUUGCAUCCAUAAACCAAUUUUAAUAUGAUACAAAAAUAUAAUUUUCCCAUGAAGACACUUGUAAGUGAAAAACUGAAAGUGAAAAAAAAAAUAUAUAUAUAUAUAUUUUUACCCUGAGAACUUGUUUUGCUGAUGAGUGUUAAAAGUUCUCAGGCAUUGUUCAAUGUGUGCUCCAGCCUGCUUAAAUAUAAUCUGUGAUGCGUGAUUUAUUUUGAGAUUUUGUAGGUUUGUUUUGGCAUGGAUCUGCAGUAAUAUGGUUCCUGUAAUAGAAGAUCUUUGCAGUAAAUGGGUUGCAGUAAUGGCAAUGAUAAAAGAAUAGCAGCUUAAUUUUAAGGUGGUGAUGUCAUCUGGAUGUGAGGAAGUGGAACGACAAGCUCAGAUGUUAAACUUGAGCAGUUCACUGUAGAUGUACUGAAGAUUUUAUAUCUGGGUCUCUUUCUAUGUAAGCCGAUUAACAAAUAAAAAAUAAUGACAUAUGUUCGAACAUCUAAUCAUGUUAAUGAUAAGAAUAAUUAAAUCCAGACAGAAAUUUAAACUGAACACUUGAACCAUCAGAUUUAUGAGACAAGUGGAUUUUGACCUUUGAUUAUUAGCAACACUGAUUUGUUCUUUCGAUGAAAAUCAAUUAUUACUUUGUUAAAUAAAUAAAUAAAAAGUUUGCCUUAAAUGCUGUGACAGAAAUCUUUACUCACAUGUCUAAAUUUGGUCAGAUCGAUCAAGUCACACAUGGAGCUUGUGUUCACAGUGAAGCACACAGGAGAAAUGUUGUUAAUGGUAGUAAAAGAUUAUUAAUUCUAUCAAUGUUUACCAACUAUGUCUGAUCUUCAUGGGAUGCUCAAUAUUUUGUUUAGUUGUUUCUAUUAGUUUGCUUUAUGCUUUUGUGUAAUCAGUCAUUGUCCAUAAGCUGAAAUGCAUUCAAGAAGUUUUAUCACAUUUUUACACACUCUUCUGUUCAUGUUUAAAGAAAACAGCAACUUAUUAUCUUCACUUAUUGUCAUUUUAUAUUAUUAUUUGUAUAGCGCUUUUCACAACACACAUCAAAGCUGGGUUUUUUGUUGUUCCUCUUGCUGGUUUAGAACAGUGUUUCCCAACCACUAGUGUGCCGUGGGAAAUUGUCAGGAGCCUUGGAAAAUGAUCAAAAGUGCAUGAAAAAAAAAAUUAAUUUCAAGGAAACAAACUCAUCACCUUACAGAGAAAUUCACCGUUUUAAAACCAUAAUCGUUCAGUUUUGUGAAGAGCAAUGAUUAAUGUGCAAAAGUUAUAUUUAUACACGUAAAGGGUCAUCACAUGACCCGCGUCUAUGAAGUCUAUGAAGUGACGUCACACCAAAGUGUUUUUGCUUCACCAAUAAUGUCUUUGAGAUAUUGAGCAACAAGUAAUAUUUAAAAACUGUCCAUAAUUUCUUUUAAUUAAAUAUUACCUUAUAGUUUAUGAAUAUCAGAGACCCCAGUAAAUGAACUCAUUUAAAUUCAGCAAGAAAACGCUUCGACCUAAACAUAAAUGAGUCCUUUUAUUACUUUCUGCUACAAAACAACUGCAAGCUUUUGUUCUUUCUUAUAUAUUUUCAAAGUUUAUUGUGCACGCCUCCCGCUUUUUUACGUGGCAAACUGGUAAAAUCGCCCCUCUGUGACACUUUCUGCAACUCUUGUCAUGUGGAGGGCGAUGCGGUACUUGACGCUGGAUUCAGUCUCCAGAACCAAAUUAUAACUGCCAUGAGAAGUCGUCUGUCCAAGACAAAGACGCAAAAUCUAAUGACAAUGUCCUCAGCAUCAGUCUGUCUUGAUGUAUUUGAUUACGCACAGACGAGUUUAAGUCGAUGCGGAUCAGGAGGAAGAUUUGAGUUGUUGAUUGAGUUCUGUUCAGUUCAUUCUUUACGUGUUUUGUUCAUAUUUUAAUCGUAUUUGUUUUUUGUAAUAUUGUGUUGCUCAUAUGUCGUGUUUUAGUGGCCUCCACUGUCACUACGGGGGAAAAACAUUCAUCUGCUUCUCUGUUGUUCAUCUGUUCUCCUCAUAAAUAAAUACAUGUAUAAUCUGCUGUAUGCUCAUCCUGUAAGUUCAUGAUUAAUAAAUGAAAAUAAAAAUUAAAUAAAAUAAAAGCUAUUAAAUGUCUUAUUAUCAUUAAAAUAUGAAAAUUAAAAUGACGGGUAAUAAAGGAUUAUGACAGAAUUUUUAUGUCCCUGUCCAUCAAAAUGACAGACGAUGAGAAAGUCUAACGCAAGCACUUAUGUGACUGUUUUGUUUUUUUUGCCUAGCCGAAUUUUAAACAUUACAAAGACGCAACUAAGCUGGACAGAAAACAUUUAUUGUUACAACCUCUUGAAAACGAAAAAUAUUGACAAUGGUCAGGGGCGUAGCACCAAAUUUUGGGCCCUGGGUACAAACCAUCUUGCUGGGCCCCCGUACCAAAUAUGUAUGUAUAGAAAACUGACUUCUAAGGGGCCCCCCCUGCCUCGGGCCCUGGGUACUCGGUACCCUUUACCCCCCCAGUCCGACGCCCCUGACAAUGGUUAUCCUAUUGUCACGAACACCGGUGAAGGCGCCUCCCCCUUCAGCCACCGGAGAUCGGAUUCACCGGAGUAUUGACCUUAAAGACUACAUUUCCCAUAAGCCUGCAUGCCUAUGUCUGAUUAUGAUACAGCUGUUCCUUGUUGUCUCUUCCCUAUUUAAAUCAUGUCUGUUUACUCCUUCAUUGCGAAGUCUUGUUUGCUCCGGCUACAUUACCAAGCGUUAUCCUGUUUAUACUUAUAUAUACACCGUGUACCAACCUUGCUUUGUUUUCCGACCACGUUUGUUUGCCACCUGCCCUGUUGAUACUAUAGAGAUUGCUAAUGUGACGUCAUCGUGAUGUAUUACCAGUGGUGAACGCAAAGCAUUUUGGGAAUCCGCGGCACAAACAGAAGGCGCCAGACUUGAUUGCAUGGAUGGAACGCAGUGUUCAAGAUGCCGUCUACCUGCUGUUUUAUAAACUGCAAUAGUCGUUCUCACGAUAGAAGUGGCAUAAAGCUUAAGAACGGAAAAUCCUUUUAUCGUUUUCCAGCGUGGAAAAAUAAUAGUACAAGCCAUGUUUCAGAGGUGACAAAAAGUGCGACACAUGGAUAGCAGCAGUAAGGAGGCCCAAGAUUACCUUCGAUAACACUCCACCACACAUGAUGGUGUGUUCAAAGCAUUUUCACAAAGUUAAAUGACAGAGAGUAAUUGUAAAUGUUAUGUUGUGGGCAAAUAACCAGCGUGUUUUGUUUGAUUUAACCAGACCAUUAGAUUUGACGUUAGGCCAAAGUUAACUGUUAACUAGCAUGAAAUGGCUAGAAAAUUAGCUUAAGUUACCAAUGUACUAAAGCGUAACGUUAAUCGGUUUUAAAUGUUGUACAUCUAGGCUACAUAGCAAUUUAUUUGGUGACUGUGUUUGCAGGCAAACCUGCCUAUGAAAUGUUGGAGUGUGAUCCUGACUGGGCCUGGGAUAUGUGGUGCCUUGUGAGGGGGAGGAUAAGACUUUGCUGGAUAAAAUUGUGAUUGUGUGCUGUGCUUUGACCAAUAUGUGUCCAAGUAUUGUUGUGAAGCCGUCGUGUUAGAAUUAUACACCAUGCUCACAUCUAAUAUGUAAAUAUGUUUUUUUGUUUUUUUUCAAAAGAUUUUGUAAUGUCAGUUCUCACAUGUAAUGAU